AUGGACGCUACACCUCUUUCCGAUGCCGAGUCUAGUUUUUCUGCGCCGGUCGAUUCUCCUGUUGUGUCAUUCCCCCAGCCGACUUACACUACUGCCGGAACUAUAUACAAGCCAAGUUCGUCCCAGCCCCUUCAGCCGCCUACUCGUCGCGGACGCUUGUCCAAGUGGUCGGCUGGCGGUAUUAGUUCCGAUCUUGCCCUUUUCCCCAAGUCAGUCCUGGCAGGCCUGUCCAUGAAAACCCCUGCUGGUCGUCCCAACUCGGCCCUCCAGCUGUACACGCCUUUGCAGCAGAACAAUCAUCGGGCCGUCAGCCCCUUCAGUGAGCCCGAUCACCUUCUUGCCAGGAUGCCGAUGGAGACGCCUCGUCUACGUUCGGGGAACACCCCAAGGGACCUUUCUGCCCCGUUGUCUGAAGAAGCUGUCCAGGAUAAGCCCGUCACGGAGGAGGGCGAGCAUCGCUGUGCCGACGCGAGCGACGAUGACAGCGAGGGGAGCGAAGCCAAGAUAACUUUGCUCUCAAAUAUGCCGGUCAAGUCACUUCACAAUCUGGCUUCUUACCAGAAUCCAAGCCAGAAGUAUGCUCAGAGGGCGCUUCUGCGAGGAAGGAGGUCAAGGCCACUCGGGAUGGGCUCAUCGUACACGGGAAGUACCACGUCGACCAGCCCACCACCACUAAUGCCAGGAUUCAACCCCCCGUAUAGUUCAAGUGAGGUGGGAGGCCCCUCCAACCUGGCUCUUCAAGAACAGACAGAUCUCUUGGCCUUUAGACGGGCUCGGCUUGAUGCUUCCAGGAUGGAGUCAUGGACUAGUAGGAGAAAUGGCACAUCGACACCAACUUUUUCCAACACUCCCCGGAACCGAGCGGUCAGCGAGCUCCCAAAUUUGGUCGCAACUUCUUCUGCAUCUGCAAGCGGCGCACUGUUACCUCUGACUGCCGGGCCACCAGGGCAGCGACAAUAUCGUCCCUUGGCUGUUGAGUCGACAAUCAAUGCAUCGGCAACCGCAGGACCCUCUUCGCCACCCCCAUACAACCCAGCGGAUGACGAUACGCUACAAAUUGCCAAUCGAGUUCUGGUUGAAGCCGGCAUUGAGGAUGUCUGCAUUGAAUCGCUUGGAUCUUUAUUUGCUGAAAACUCGAACAGUGCUUCGUCCUAUCUAACCAGCCAAGGCGCUGGCGGGCAUACGGAACAGCUGCGACCUGUGCUACCGGGGGCGACUGGCUAUGACGAAGAGAUGCAGCUCCAAUUCCGGGACAUUGUAGGUCCUCUGGAGCGCAUGAAGGUAUGGGACCCAAAUGAAAAACUCAUCCAGACAAAAAGUUGGCGAGACCCCUCUCCGGAGGUUCGAGCUCUUUACAAGCCUGGCACCGAUAGAUUUACCGAUGAAGCGAUGGCAGCUCACAAUGACAAGGUGGAAGAAUGUUGGCUCUCGGGAGUCAACAACAGACGCGAAAGAAUGAGACCUCAGAGUACACUCUCCGAGAGUGCACUACUUUUCGAGAGUACACCCCUUCCCCGAAGCAGGCCCGAGGCUUAUCAGGAUUUCGGGGUUAUAGGAGACAGAAGGCUAAAGACGCCGAUCAGCCCUUCGGAGAAAGCUUCAGUUGAAGAGACGACGGAAGUCCCCGCAUCAGAGCAUGCAGCGUCGCUGUUGGAGCUGGCAAAGCACACGCAAAGCCAAAACGGAGAUGGUCCCGCAACGGACUCUGCGAUGCACUGA